AAAAGUGACGCUAACACACACACACACACACACAAGCCGGAGCCGAGAAGAAGAAGGGGGAAUAGCGUUUUGUUUCUUUUUUCUUUAAUUUGUUCUCCUUUUAUUCUUUGGGCGUUUUGUAGUUGUAAUUUCGCUGUAUUCUCGCUGUAAGGAAUUCAACUGCCCUGCUCCUCUGAGCUAGUGCUAUCUAUCUAUCUAUAUCUAUACAGUUAACGUCCCCAUGCCGCUGUCCCCUCACGCGGCGCUGUUUUGACAGUCCGGCUCUCAGUGAACCAACUGAAGCUAACAGCUAGCAGCUAGCUGCAGCUACAUCACAUACUAGCAUCGACACACAACCUGAAGGAUUCCUCUUCACACGGACUCAAGACACACACAACGGGCUCCUGACUGGAGGACAGACCAUGCUGCUGCACUGAGCCGGAGGGAGAGAAAAGAGAGAGGCCCCAGAGGACCGCUGAGGUGGUGGCUGGCCUGUUGGUGUGCCCCUCCCCUUUGUCUGGCCGGCUAGCUGCUGCCUCUUCAGUUCACCUGAUCGCUCCCCACCCCGAAGGCUAAGGCUUGCUAUGGACUGCGCUUCGCCCCCUGCUGCAGCCCAGCCCAGUAUACUACCUUAGUGGUUCCCCUAAUCUUCCUGUGUGUGGUUCCCAUCCAGACUCACAGUACGGAGUCCAGCACAGAUCUGGUACCACCUACAGCCACUCCUGGGUUCUCCACCCAACCCCCUCCCCAACUCCCACCCUCUCCCCCUCCCCUAAGAAGAUGUCAGUGAGCGUGACAACAGACAUCCAGCAGGAGGGAGAGAGUGGGCCACUCAUCGAGCCCUGCAGUCGAGGCAAAACCUCCCCUCAACCACAGGGCACCAAGGAAGGGACAGGAGAGGGCCUGGAGCUGGAGGAUAGCUCCCCACAGGAUGCACAGAAACGGGCUCCUAAUCAUAGCCAUGGCAGGAAAAGGGCCAAGUCUAAUGCCAAACUGAAGCUGGUACGGAGUCUGGCAGUGUGCGAGGAGUCCUCUGGUCCGUUCUCCAAUGAUGGACUUCCAGAAUCGCAAUGGAAUGUGGUUUUCCAGGAUAUCAUCCAGCUUCACAUCAGCUGUCCAUCAGACAAGGAAGAGGAGAAGUCCUCAAAGGACGAGUAUGAAAAUGAAGAGAAGGAGAAGAAGGACAAGGCUCCGCGAAAGAUGUUGUCACGUGACUCCAGUCAGGAAUACACUGACUCCACGGGCAUCGACGUCCAUGAGUUUCUGGUCAACACACUGAAAAACAAUCCCAGGGAUCGAAUGAUGCUGCUCAAACUAGAACAAGAUAUCCUGGAGUUCAUUAAUGACGACAAUAACCAGUAUAAGAAGUUUCCUCAGAUGACGUCUUAUCACCGCAUGCUGCUGCACCGUGUGGCUGCCUACUUCGGCAUGGACCACAAUGUGGAUCAGACAGGCAAGGCUGUCAUCAUCAACAAGACCGGCAACACGCGCAUCCCAGAACAAAGGUUCUCCGAACACAUCAAGGAUGAACGUAACAUGGACUUCCAGAAGAAAUUUAUCCUUAAGAGAGAUGAUGCCAGCAUGGACAAGGAUGAUAAUCAGAUCCGUGUGCCGCUGCAGGACGGUCGACGUAGCAAGUCCAUUGAAGAGCGAGAGGAAGAGUAUCAGCGGGUACGAGACCGGAUCUUUGCCCGAGAAGUGUCCUUUUUUCUACAGUCCUCUCAAAAUGGAUACAUCAAUGACAACAGACUUUCCACUGAGGGCUACUGCUCUAGCUCUCAAAAGAGGAGGCAGAUCUUUAGAGGGAACCGUGAGAGCUCCAGCCGGGCGUCUAGCAGUCGUCAAAGCAGCACAGAUAGUGACAUGAAGUGCCUGGAGCCACGGCCCUGGAGCAGCACCGACUCAGACAGCUCCAACCGCACCCUCCGGCCGCCCGUCACUAAGGCUAGCAGCUUCUCUGGCAUCUCCAUCCUCACCAGAGGGGAUAGCCUUGGCAGCAACAAAGGCUCACAGGGAAGCUGUAAAGGCUCUCGCUCUGGCCUGCCUCUAGUCAGCCCUGAUGUGUGUCCCCUACCUGCAGCCUCCCAGUCUAGCCGUAGCCUACUUCCCUGCCCAUCACAACAGCCACAGCCCCUGGUUCCGCCUCAGACUGCCCUGCUGCCCACCCCACAGCAGCACCCCAUGGGAAACCACAUGAUUGCUCAGCCGGUGGCAUCUCUGCAGCCCUCUCAGCCUGUCUCCUACUCCAGCCCUUCCUGUCCCCAGGUUCUCCUGCCAGUUUCUCCUCCCCAGCAGUACACAAUGGGAGAAGAGCUGGCGCCUCAAUUCACCCAGAUGACGCUGAGUCGGCAGGGCUCCAGUGAGAACCCUGAGCCUCCACCCAUGUAUCAGGCUCCUCCCACGGUGCUCACCCAGCACCCCCCUCCUCAGACCGGCUACAUCAUGGCUACCACGGGUCAGCCUAUGCCGCCUCCAUCUGGCUACCAGCCCGCCACUGGACACCCCCAUCCCCCACCUCCACCACCUCCUCCAUCCCAGCCCGUCAUGCAGGCCCCGCCGCCCCCACAAGGUUACAUGCAGCCCCCUCCACCUCAACAGAUACAGGUGUCAUACUACCCUCCUGGUCAGUAUCCCAGCUCAGGCCAGCAGUACCGUGUGCCCCAGCCCAUCUCCCACCAGGUGUCUUAUCCUGCCCAGCGCACACAACCCAUGCCUCAGCCCACACAGCAGUCAGGUCUCCAGACCAUGAUGCCCAACCAGCAGCCGAGCUACCAGGGCAUGAUAGGUGUGCAGCAGCCCCAAAACCCUGGUCUGCUCAAUUCCCAGAGGGCAGGCAUGGGAGGACAAAUGCAAAGCAUAAUGGUUCAGUACCCACAGAUGCCAUCAUAUCAGGUACCAGUUGGAAAUGAAAAUCAGCAGGUGGUGCAGCAGCAGUACCAGCAGCAGGUGAUGGUGCCUGUCAGCCAGUCUGUCCAGGGGCCCAUGCCUGUCUACUACAGUGUUAUCACACCCACACAGCAGAAUAGCACAAGCCCGGCUGUAGGUUACCUGCAGCCCCCCAGCUCUGAGCAGUAUCAAAUCACACAGUCGCCGUCCCCUUGCAACCCUCAACAGUUGCAGCAGCAAUAUUCAGGAGUACCGCCUCCUGGGCCUGGGGUGAUGGUCAUGCAGCUCAGCGUCCCCAAUGGACCACAGCCUUCCCAGAACCCUCCUCUGGUCCAGUGGAACCCAUGCAAGUACUACAGCAUAGAGCAGAGGCCCAGCAAGCCAGGAGAGCUCUACAAACCAGACAACACUCCACAGGCCAGUACCCAGCUGACGAGUCCCCUGGCCUCCCCCACUCAGUCACCCACCCCGUCUCCCUCCGGCAGCGUCAGCAGCGUCUGUCCAGGCCUGGGACCAUUACCCCUCAUUUCCCAGUUUCCCCGGCCAGGAGGACCAGCUCAAGGUGAUGGACGCUACUCUCUGUUGGGGCAGCCUCUCCAGUACAGUCUGUGUCCUCCUCCUCUCAUGCAUGCCCAGUCCUCCUACAGCUCCCAUCAGGGCCAAGGAGUAAUGAAACACGGGGCGCGAGGGAAAAAACAAACACUCAAAUCUGCAUCAACAGAUCUCGGCACCACCGAUGUUGUGGUGAGUCGAGUACUCGAGGUAACGGACCUGCCAGAGGGGAUUUCACGUCCAGAGGCUGAAAAGCUCUUCAACCAGCUGUCGAUGUGCGGUGCCAAGAUCCAGUGGCUGAAGGAGCCCCAGGGAGGCCGAGGAGGAGGCUGCGGCCCCUGUCUUGCCGGGCCAGGAGCCACCGCGGGGCUCGGGACCAGCCUGGGAGCGAAGGGCGACGGCAACGACCCGGCUCACCUCUACACAGUGGUGGCAGUGUUCCCCAGCACCAUGGCUGCCCAGAGUGCUUCCUUCAAACUUAACAACAGCGGGGCCAGCCUCUUCAAACUGAGGGCCGCCAAAAAGAACUAUGACCUGCGUGUUCUGGAGAGAGCCAGUUCUCAGUGAAAAGGAAAAAGAGAGAGGGGGAGGAAAGAAAGAAAGUGAAAGGGACAGAAAGAAAGAAAGAGAGACUCUUGGUGGAGUGGUGGAAAAAGGAAGGAGGACUGAGGCGGACUGCUCAUUAGUGUACAAUUUAAAAACAAAACUUAAAAAAUAAAAAAAAAAUGAGUUAAAAACGAUGUGUCAAAUGUAUAAAAGGGAAGAAGGUGUGAAUCAUGAGGUGGCUGGUGUUUGGUUGCAAAUAUGAUUUUGUUGUUUGUUUUUAUUCAUUGUUUUUGUUUUGUAUUUAUAAAGCAGAAGAGCACACAAGACACGCGAGCAUGUGUUUCACUGUUGCCGUGGAAUGUGUGCUGCCAUUAUACGAAAACACAUGCAAUGACACACACACACACACACACACACACACACACACACACACACACACACACACAACAGGAGACACCUACAGACACACACAAACGCAGGCAACAGGGUCACGUAGCACAUAACAAAAACACACUGGACAGUCGACCUCAGUCAAACCUUCUCCUCUUCCUCCUCCUCCCUCUGCUCUCCAACCCUUCCUCCUAUUCCUCCUUUUUCUGCCAACGCUUUCUCUCCUUACUCAACUCUCCGUCACCCAGUCGUCUCUUAAUCUCGCAUAUUUAUAAAUUUUCAUACGCACAGUUGCGCACUCUCUCUCUGCUUUCCCCCACCAACCGCUCUUUUCUUGCCAUGUCUCAUACUGCCUCUGCUCCUCUGUCCCUCUCAUGUACUCUCUCACUGCUCUCUCUCCUCUCUUGCUUUCUGUUUGCCUUACUGCUGUUGUGGGUUUCUGUAUUGCGCUGUUUUUUUUUUUUUCUCAGAAGUUUUUUUUUUUGUUUUGUUUUUUGGGAUUCAAUAUAUUUAUAUAAGUGAUGUAAGGAAUAAAAGAAA